AUUUCGCCGGUUAGAAUGGCCCCACCUAAUAAUGAGUGCUCGUACGAAAUGAUCCCCAAUGUCGUCGCGGCGGAUGAUCGGUCCACGGAAAAUGCUGACCAGCUCAAGUCGCAGAUGUCCUGGGAGGCGCCGGUCGCGCAGGGUUUGUACGAUCCACAAAAUGAGCACGAGGCGUGCGGUGUCGGUUUUAUCGUGUCGAUUGAGGGCAAACCGAACCAUAAGAUCCUGCGCGAUGCUCAAACGCUUGCCAUACGUAUGAACCACCGAGGUGCGUGCGCCUGUGAUAAUGACACCGGCGAUGGUGCAGGCGUUUGCACCUCGAUUCCGCAUCAGCUGUACGCCAAGGAGCUGGCUUCCCAUGGCAUCGAACUUCCGGAAUUUGGCCGUUACGCCACGGGAAUCUUCUAUCUGGAUAAGAUCACGCACGUGGAGGCGGAAAAAGAGUUCAACCUUUUGGCAGAAAGCCUCGGCAUGCAAGUAAUCUACUGGCGAGAUGUUCCCACCAACCAGAACGCAGUUGGUGCAGUCGCUCGUAAGAGCGAACCGCUGUCCCGUCAGGUUUUUGUAACCGCGGACGUAGACGAAGACACAUUCAAGCGACAGGUGUUCAUCUUGCGCAAGCGUGCCACUCACGAGCUGCAACGCCCAGGACGUCGGUUCUACAUUUGCUCCUUGACGCCAAAAACGGUCGUGUACAAAGGUCUGUUCACGUCGGAUCAACUGUGGGAGUAUUAUCUUGACUUGAAAAACCCCGAAUUUAUGACCUAUCUGGCCCUGGUGCACACGCGCUUCAGCACGAAUACAUUCCCUUCAUGGGAAAGGGCUCAUCCGCUGCGUGUGCUAGCGCACAACGGUGAAAUUAAUACGCUGCGAGGCAAUGUCAACCUCAUGAAAGCCCGCGAGGGUGUCAUGAAAAGCGAGCAGUUUGGCAAUGAACUGAAAAAGCUCUAUCCGGUCGUCGAGCCUAACCUUUCCGAUUCGGGCUCAUGCGAUUGCGUGCUCGAGUUUCUGACUCAAGUCGGAAAUCGUUCUCUACCGGAGGCCGUCAUGACGAUGGUGCCGGAAGCUUGGCAGAAUGAUCGUACUAUGUCGCAGGAAAAGCGCGACUUCUACCAUUGGUCCGCGUGCGUGAUGGAGCCGUGGGACGGUCCGGCCCUGAUUUCGUUCACCGACGGUCGCUACAUUGGUGCCAUACUUGAUCGAAAUGGGUUGCGCCCGUCGCGUUUCUACGUUACCCGGGACAACCUGCUCGUUAUGGCUUCGGAAGUCGGCGUUUACGACGUAGAUCCCAAAGACGUUACGCUAAAGAGCCGAUUGAAACCCGGUCGUAUGCUGCUGGUGGAUACGGAGCAAAAGUCACUGAUCCAGGACAUCGAGCUCAAGGCGGAAAUUGCAAAGUCUCGUCCACAUACCGAAUGGCUGAAACAGCAGAUGAUUUCCAUGGACGAUAUUCGUCGCGAAGCCAGCGGAACCACGAACGGCACCACUCAACCAGCAGUAGCACAUCCUGACAGCCAACUAGCGGAAAAGAAGGGUAUUCUGGAUCCACGUUUGCAGCUGUACGGUUACACGACCGAAACGAUUCACAUGCUUUUGCUGCCGAUGAUCAAGAACAAAAAGGAAGCUCUCGGCUCGAUGGGUAACGAUGCGCCGCUUGCUUGUCUGUCCGCCUUCCAGCCGCUUCCUUACGAAUACUUCAAGCAGCUGUUCGCCCAGGUCACAAACCCACCAAUCGAUCCAUUCCGUGAAAAAAUCAUCAUGUCACUGCAGUGCCCAGUCGGGCCAGAGGCGAACCUGCUGGUAGCCUCGCCCUCGCAGGUACAUCGCAUCUGGUUGGAUAAUCCGAUCCUAAGCAUUCCAGAUGCUGAAGUUCUGAAACGGAACCAGCAUCGCGGAUGGAAAACUAAGGUUCUCGAUGUUACAUUCCCAGCGAACGAGGGUCCACCGGGUUACUUGAACGGGUUGCGACGUGUCUGUGCCGAGGCGCAAACGGCCGCCCAAACUGGAUAUCAGCUGUUGGUGUUGUCCGAUCGUGGAGCAAGCGCAGAGCGGGCUCCGAUUUCAUCCCUGUUGGCUCUAGGAGCGGUCCAUCAUCAUCUGAUCGAAUCACGCCAGCGCAUGAAGGUUGGACUGAUAGUGGAGACUGCAGAAGCUCGGGAGGUGCAUCACAUCUGCGUACUGCUGGGAUAUGGCGCCGAUGCGAUCUGUCCGUACUUGGUGUUUGAAAUGGCAGGAGCCCUGCGUGACGAGUGUGUCCUCGAUCCUGCGCUGACCGAUGACGCCAUCUACCGUGCGUACGCGACGGCCAUCGAGACGGGUAUCCUGAAGGUAAUGGCCAAGAUGGGUAUUUCAACGCUGCAAUCCUAUAAGGGAGCACAAAUCUUCGAAGCUGUCGGAAUGGGCGUGGAUGUCAUCGAUCUAUGCUUCCGAGGCACGCAAUCCCGCAUUGGUGGUGUCACUUUAGAAGUGCUUGCACGGGAAGGCCUUGAGCGUCAUGAGCUUGUGCACGGUACGAACCAUACUGACGCAAAAAUUCUGCGCAAUCCAGGCCAGUUUCACUGGCGUGCCGGUGGUGAGGGUCACAUCAACGAACCUGGUGCCAUCGCAGCCCUGCAGGAGGCGGCCGUUAACGAGAGCAAGGGUGCGUAUGCUACGUUCCGUGACACUACUAUGCGUAGCGUGCAGCUGUGCACCCUGCGAGGACAGCUUGAAUUCGUUAAAGGUCGUCCACGAGUCGAGCUUUCUGAGGUUGAACCUGCCAGUGAGAUUGUGAAGCGCUUUGCCACGGGUGCGAUGAGCUUCGGAAGUAUUUCCCUGGAAGCGCAUUCGACUCUUGCCAUCUCGAUGAAUCGCAUUGGCGGAAAGAGCAACACCGGAGAAGGUGGUGAGAACGCUGAUCGCUACAUGAAUCAGGACCCUCAACACAACCGGCGAUCGGCCAUCAAGCAGGUCGCGUCAGGACGCUUUGGUGUAACGGCGGCGUACGUCGCAAAUGCUGAUGAUUUGCAAAUCAAGAUGGCACAAGGUGCCAAACCAGGCGAGGGUGGUGAGCUGCCCGGAUACAAGGUGUCGCAAGAUAUUGCUGACACACGUCACUCUGUGCCAGGCGUUGGUUUGAUCUCGCCACCGCCCCAUCACGACAUCUACUCCAUCGAGGAUUUAGCUGAAUUGAUUUUCGAUUUGAAGUGCGCAAAUCCUAGGGCGCGCAUCAGCGUUAAGCUCGUGUCAGAAGUUGGCGUUGGUGUGGUUGCAUCCGGUGUUGCGAAGGGCAAAGCCGAACACAUUGUUAUCUCUGGGCACGAUGGUGGAACCGGUGCUAGCAGCUGGACCGGUAUCAAAUCGGCCGGUUUGCCAUGGGAGCUGGGAAUUGCCGAAACCCAUCAAGUGCUUGUUCUGAACGAUCUUCGUUCCAGAGUGGUUGUGCAAGCUGAUGGACAACUGCGUACCGGAUUUGAUGUAGUAGUUGCUGCAUUGCUUGGUGCCGACGAGUUCGGAUUCAGUACCGCACCGCUUAUCGUAAUGGGUUGUACGAUGAUGCGCAAAUGUCAUCUAAACACGUGUCCUGUUGGUAUUGCUACUCAAGAUCCUGUGCUGAGAGCCAAGUUUGCGGGUAAACCGGAGCACGUCAUUAAUUACUUCUUCAUGCUUGCGGAAGAAAUCCGUGAAAUCAUGGCCAAUCUCGGCCUGCGCCGCUUCCAGGAACUAAUCGGUCGUACGGAUUUGCUGAAAGUGCGCGAAACGGUGUCAUACAAAGCGUCGCUUUUGGAUCUGGAGUUGCUCCUUAAAAGCGCCUUAGAUUUGCGUCCCGGCACGAACAUUGUCGGCGGUUCGCUGCGUCAAGACUUUGUGCUAGAGAAACGAGCCGAUAACGAGUUAAUCAAACGUGCCAUGGGUAUCAUCGAGGGAACGGCAACCGAUCCGCAUUUAACGAUCACUAUGAAGAUUAAUAAUGAAGAGCGUGCUUUCUCAAGCACACUCAGCUAUGAGAUUGCACGACGAUACGGUGAUGUUGGAUUGCCGGACGGGCGUACGAUCAAUGUGAAUCUCACCGGUUCAGCCGGCCAGAGCUUCGGUGCCUUCCUGGUGAAGGGUGUCAAGAUGACAUUGCACGGUGACGCGAACGAUUACGUUGGCAAGAGUCUCUCCGGAGGAACUUUAGUGAUUCGCCCACCGGAGGGUACCACGUUCGAGUCGCACCUGAACGUCAUCGUAGGCAACGUGUGCCUUUACGGUGCUACCUCAGGCCGUGCAUAUUUCCGUGGCAUUGCUGCCGAGCGUUUCUGCGUCCGCAAUUCUGGUGUAACGGCCGUGGUAGAAGGUGUCGGUGAUCAUGGCUGCGAAUAUAUGACGGGAGGAAUGGUUGUCAUUCUCGGCCUUACUGGACGCAAUUUCGCUGCCGGAAUGUCGGGAGGUAUCGCUUACGUGCUGGAUGUCGAUGGAACUUUCCGCUCGAAGGUCAACCCGGGAAUGGUGGAACUGUUGGGUCUCGAGCUUGAUGAAGAUCGCCAAACGGUGAAGGAAUUGCUGCAGGAGUUUGUUAACGAAACCGGGUCAGAAGUAGCGAAGGAGCUGCUUUCCAAAUGGCCGGAACCGUGCCAGCAGUUCGUGAAGGUGUUCCCGUAUGAGUAUCAGAAGGCAUUGAAAGCACUCAAAGAAGAGAAGACCGUUGCGAAGGCAAUUGCCGCGAAUGGUCACGCGAAAGAACCACAGGUAAAGGACAUCGAAGAGUCAAUUCAGGAUGGCCAACUGGCUAAGAAGAAGCUUGAUCAGGUGUUGGAUAAAACGCGUGGUUUUAUUAAGUACAAGCGCGAAACAACGGUCUACCGUAACGCAGCCGAACGCCAGCAGGAUUGGAAAGAGGUGUUCAAUUUCCCUCACGUUCGCUCUAAUCUGAAAGUGCAGGCUGCUCGAUGCAUGGAAUGUGGCGUACCGUUUUGCCAAUCGAACUCGCAUGGCUGUCCACUUGGCAACAUCAUCCCGAAGUGGAACGAUCUCGUGUUCAACGGCAACUGGCAGGAAGCACUCAAUCAGCUGCUGCAGACAAACAACUUCCCCGAGUUUACUGGUCGCGUUUGUCCGGCACCGUGUGAAGGCGCCUGUGUUCUUGGUAUCUCCGAGCCAGCCGUCACGAUCAAGAACAUCGAGUGCACUAUCAUUGAUCAUGCUUUCGAACAGGGAUGGAUUACGCCUCAGAUUCCACGAGUGCGCACAGGAAAACGCGUUGCAGUCGUAGGCGCUGGACCGGCUGGAUUGGCCGCGGCACAGCAGUUGAACAAAGCUGGCCACCAGGUGACAGUGUUUGAGCGUAACGAUCGUCCGGGCGGAUUACUGCAGUACGGCAUUCCAACGAUGAAACUCUCAAAAACCGUUGUCCAACGUCGGCUUGAUUUGAUGGUGGCAGAAGGUAUCGAGUUCCGGUGCAACGUGCACAUUGGUCGUGACGUUAUGGGCUCUCAGCUGGAGCAAGAGUACGACGCAGUGCUGUUUACAACAGGUGCUACAUGGCCACGUGAUCUGAAUCUACCGAACCGCGACUUGAAAGGCAUUCACUUUGCGAUGGAGUUCCUGGAGGCAAGUCAAAAGAAGCUGCUUGGUACGCGUCCGGAUUGGAUCUCGGCUGAAGGCAAGGACGUGAUCGUAAUUGGCGGAGGUGACACAGGAUGCGAUUGCAUUGCAACAUCGUUACGCCAGGGUGCCAAAUCUAUCACUACAUUCGAGAUCCUGCCUAUUCCGUCCGAGAAGCGCGCUCAGGAUAAUCCAUGGCCGCAAUGGCCACGCAUUUUCCGUGUCGAUUACGGCCAUGAGGAAGUGCGCGUUAAGUGGGGAAAAGAUCCCCGUCAGUAUUCCACCACGACCAAGGAGUUUGUAAGCGAUGGUAACGGUCACAUCAAGGGUGUUAACACGGUUCAAGUCGAGUGGACGAAAACCCCGACUGGACAGUGGAGCAUGAAGGAAGUUCCUGGAUCCGAAAAGUAUUAUCCGGCCGAUUUGAUCUUACUCGCUAUGGGAUUCCUAGGACCGGAGAAGCAAGCCCCAACAGAAAUGAAUUUGGAGUUAGACGGACGAGGUAAUAUUAAGACCGCCGCUGGAACAUAUGGAACGGCUAACCCGAAGGUGUUUGCUGCCGGUGAUUGUCGGCGUGGACAAUCGCUUGUAGUUUGGGCAAUAUCAGAAGGUCGACAGGCCGCUCGUCAAAUCGACACGUAUUUGAUUGGAAAACCAAGUUCUCUGCCCGGUCCUGGAGGUGUUAUAGAUACUACGCGUUCACCAAUUGCAGUCAAUGUCUAAACAUGUACAGCAAUCUCGUGGAACGUUUGAUGUAAAAUUAUCCUAAAUUGAUGGAAAAAAAUCGUGGGAUUUAUCUCUUCCGAGAGGCUCCUUACAGCGAACAGUACUGUUGACCAGGCACAAGGAACAACGGGAGGAACAGGAGGGGUUUUUACUCGAAAUGCAUUGCAAGGAAAAUGUAAUAUUUAUUGCGGUUAUGAAAAAAACUUAUUUCAUAUUAGCUUAUGGAUGAGCAUUGUGGUUUGCUCUUAUUUUUAUCUUCCGAUUGUGAAGCAAAAAUAGCUUAGCAUAUUCAAACAUAUUCAGCGAAAGAAUGACAUCAUUACGCACAAUGCUGGGGCAUGAGGAAAAGAACAAUUUAUAAGAUAAUUAAUUGGGUACCAGGUAUCUUUUAUUAAGGUUACUUCAUGCUAUUUAGAAAGGAACCAAAUUGUGCAAACAAUACUGUGAAUGAUUGCAAAUGAUUUAAGCAAGCAUUACUGAUCCAAUCAGUCACACAACGAGGAGUACGAAAGCACGUGACGGUGAUGGCAAUCAGAAAAGCAUUAAUUAGAAAAAAGGUUUUCUAAGGAAAAUGAGCUCUUUUCAUUUUCCAGCUGUUGUCAUUCCUGUGCGUAUGCACGAGCAUAAAUUUUAAAUCAAUUUCAAAUGCAUGCUGUUCGGAUAGCUUUAAAGGUUUUAUUUUAUUUCCCGCCAACACCACAAAUCUUGUUUACUCGGUCAUCAUCCACCAGUACGUUCUAUCGUUGUGAGUAAGAAAUGCAUUUCUAAAAUACCAACGUACGCAUGUUAAUGCUAACUUUAUUUGAGUAGCGUGAACAGAAACGAAGAGAUAGGAACUAGUAUCAUAGGAGCAAAGCGAUGUAAAAUGGAAUCAAAAUCCACCCAUGUCACAACCGGCUACCAUUAAAUGGUGUGAUACAUGAUAAUAUUUUAUAGGAUUAGCAGAGCGACGGGUCUACAAGUGAGAAUGGAAUAAGCUGCCUUGAAAGGGCUUGAACGUUUUAAGUUAUGUUUCUCCUUUGUCCAAACGGCUAGCACAGAAUCCCACUUUUGCGAUCAACAAUGGCUGCUUUUCGUCCACGCUUUCGCUUUCCUAUUCGCUAAUCGACACAUUUUCCCUUCGGAUGAGUAUCCAUGACACGUUUGCAUGGUCUGAACCCGUCGCCAAAGGUGCUGCAUGCGUAAACUGUGAUGUGAACGUACACAUGCGGGACAGCGGAUGGCCGGAAAAUAUGUGAUUUGUUUUUAGGGAAAGCGUUUGUUGUGCGACGAAAUCAUUUCGUCCGUAUAUUGUUUAGUUAUGAUAUAUAUUUUCUAUUAUUGGAGUCAUCACGAGCGAAAACAAGUGCCGUAUCCGUCUACCAUACGAGAUCUGUGUUAUAGAUUCCCUAGUGUGUUAAACAAAUAAUAUUAUUGGAUGACAUUUGUUUUGAUCUGUUAAUUUCUGAUCCAGGUUUGUCUAGCGAACAUUCGUCUCGUUAAGGCUCUGAGAUUUUCUUCAAAGAAGAAUGCCAGAAAUAUAUUAUUUUUGAAGGUG